UGUCAAGAGCGAAUAGACAAGUGGCGUUUAUCGAGUAUAAUAUCUACGGGCAUAGUAGUAAAGUACAGUGAAUUGGACUUUGUAACCUUUUAGAAAACUUUUUAAUUGUAAAUAGUGUAAGUUAUAGCGGUUUAUAUAAUUUACAAUAUGUUUUCUCCGUGCAGCCGACAUGUAUUCUUCUCAACUCAGUUGAGGAGACUUCAGAGUACUUUGGUAGUUGCUGAGCACAACAAUGAAGCACUCUCAGCGGCGACACAGAACACCCUGAGUGCUGCCAAGAAGAUUGGUGGUGAAGUAUCAGUGUUGGUAGCUGGCACCAAGUGUGGCCCUGCUGCUGAAGCCAUUGCCAAGGCAAAUGGUGUUUCCAAAGUCCUGGUAGCUGAGAGUGAAGUCUUCAAGGGUUUCACCGCUGAGACUCUUACUCCCCUGAUCUUGGCCACACAGAACCAGUUCAAAUUCACACACAUCUUAGCCCCAGCUACUGCCUUCGGCAAAGCUAUUCUGCCCAGAGUAGCGGCUAAGCUUGAUGUCUCACCAAUCACAGACAUCAUUGGAGUAAAAGAUGCUAACACCUUCAUCAGAACUAUCUAUGCAGGUAAUGCAGUCCUUACUCUGGAAGCCAAGGACGCGAUCAAGGUGAUCACUGUCCGUAGCACGGCUUUCCCGCCGGAGCCCCUGGAGGGCGGCUCAGCGGCCGUAGACAAGGCGCCCGCAGGAGACUACAAGAGCGACCUCGUCCAGUUUGUGUCCCAAGAGCUUGCGAAGUCUGACAGGCCUGAGCUUACCAGCGCAAAGAAUAUCAUCUCUGGAGGACGUGGUCUCAAGUCGGGAGACAACUUCAAGCUGCUGUAUGACCUAGCCGACAAGCUGAACGCCGCCGUGGGCGCGUCCAGAGCCGCCGUCGACGCCGGCUUCGUCGCCAACGACCUGCAGAUCGGACAGACCGGCAAGAUUGUUGCACCUGACCUAUACAUCGCGGUCGGCAUCAGCGGUGCUAUCCAGCAUUUGGCCGGUAUGAAGGACUCCAAGACCAUCGUCGCUAUCAACAAAGACCCUGAGGCACCUAUUUUCCAGGUAAGCGACUACGGUCUCGUCGCCGACUUGUUCAAGGCAGUUCCUGAGCUCACUGGCAAGUUGUGAACGCACAGAUAAUGUAUAGUAAACCAGAGAGAAUCAAGUACAUUGUUUUUAGAUAAAGAUUUAUACUUAUAACACGACUUUUAUACCCUUCCUCGAGAUUUAUGAACUUCUAUUGUUGUUCGGCGUAUUCUAUCAUGUGUAAA